AUGGUCGACCUCGAAGCCCUAUGCAAUUCCGACGCCGUCCAGUUCGGGUCACCCUUCGACGAUGACGACGCCGAUCUCAUCCUUCGCUCAUCCGAUAGUGUCGACUUCCCCGUCCAUCAAGCAUUCCUGUCGAAGGCCUCUUCCUUCUUCAAGCUCAUGCUAUCUCUUCCUCAGCCACCCACCUCGGCUCAUCCGGCCAAACGCUCCAACAAUCGUUCUGUCGACACCAACUCACUUCCCGUCGUCCCAGUCGUGGAGACUAGCAUCGUUCUUCACAUUCUGCUA